ACCAGGAGCGCAGUGCUUAACACAGAAGCCCGCACUGUAGAAGCGGACGUCCUGCCCCGCCGCUGUGUCAUGAUGCGGCUGGUGGAUUUCUCCUAUGAGCAGUACCAGAAGGCUCUCCGCCAGUCAGCUGGUGCUGUGGUGAUCAUCUUGCCACGAUCUAUCUCUUCUGUCCCACAGGAUGUUGUAAGGCAAUUCAUGGAGAUAGAGCCGGAAAUGCUUGCUAUGGAAACCAUUGUGCCAGUCUACUUUGCAGUGGAAGAUGAAGAGCUGCUGUCUAUCUAUGAACAAACGCGGGCUGCUUCUGCGUCACAGGGUUCUGCCUCGGCUGCAGAAGUUCUGCUGCACACGGCAACUGCCAAUGGCUUCCAGAUGGUGACCAGCGGAGCCCAAAGCAAAGCUAUCAACGACUGGCUCAUACCCAGCGUGGAGGGAAGGCUGACAGGGCUGGGUGGAGAAGACCUGCCUACCGUUGUGAUAGUUGCUCACUAUGAUUCUUUUGGAGUGGCUCCAUGGCUGUCACAUGGUGCUGACUCCAAUGGCAGUGGUAUCUCAGUGCUACUGGAACUUGCCAGGCUGUUUUCCCGGCUCUACACCUACAGACGUACCCAUGCUGGGUACAACUUGCUGUUCUUCGCAUCUGGAGGUGGCAAGUUUAAUUACCAAGGAACCAAGCGGUGGCUGGAAGACAAUUUGGACCACACUGAUUCCAGCCUGCUGCAGGACAACGUAGCAUUUGUUCUCUGCCUUGAUACUCUGGGCCGAGGCAAUAGCCUUCAUCUCCAUGUCUCAAAGCCUCCCAAGGAGGGGACCUUGCAGCAUGCGUUUCUGAGAGAACUGGAGAUGGUUGUUGCCAGCCAGUUCCCGGAGGUGAAGUUUUCCAUGGUGCACAAGAAGAUAAACUUGGCUGAGGACAUGCUGGCGUGGGAGCAUGAGCGUUUUGCAAUCCGACGCUUGCCAGCAUUCACCAUCUCCCAUCUGGAGAGCCACCGGGACAGCCUGCGCAACAGCAUCAUGGAUAGGAGGGCACGAAUAGACACUAAGGCACUAACCAGGAAUACUAGGAUCAUUGCUGAGGCUUUGACAAGGGUCAUCUACAACCUAACAGACAAGGGAGCACCUGAAGAUCUGCAGAUCUUCACAGAUCAGAUGCAGAUCCAGCAGGAGCAACUAGAAUCAGUGAUGGACUGGCUGAGCAGUCAGCCCAGGGCUGCCCAGCUGAUUGAUAAAGAUAGCACCUUCCUCAAUACCUUAGAAUAUUGCAUGGGUCGCUACCUGAAGGAUGUCAAACAGCAUCAUGUAAAGGCAGACAAACGGGACCCUGAGUUUGUUUUCUAUGACCAGCUGAAGCAGGUGAUGAAUGCAUACAGGGUCAAGCCAGCGAUCUUUGACCUGCUUCUGGCUGUCUGUAUUGCAGCCUACCUUGGUGUUGCCUAUGUUGCAGUGCAGCACUUUGGUCUCCUUUACAAGUUGAUACAGAGAUUAUCUCUUAAAAACAAGCAGCAGUGAAGCAACGAGUCAUCACCCAUACAGCAACACUGAGCCAUCGGAGAGCAUGUCAGUGGCUCCCUGUAAUAUCAGCAGGCGGCACGAUACCAAGCGCUCCUGAAAUAUCAGCCCGACAGGGAAACGCCUUUUUUUGAUUUUUUUGAGUGCUUAGUUAAAAUGUGUCUCUCUGCAUGCAUGAAGUGUUCAUGACACUCCUCUGACAAAUGAAUUUAUAAUGACUUCAGAAA